AUGACCUACCAAGCAGUAUUGGAACUUAAAGGUGAACCACCAAAGCGAUUUUGUUGUAUAAGCAAUCCGGAGGAUCCAGUGAAUGGUUUGAUUCCUCUGGAGUAUGGCACACAAUCAAAACCGAUUCAAGUUCUUGACUCGAAAACUUUACGAAUACCAAAAUUUAUAUUUGACGGUUCAAAACCCCCUGAUGCGUGGAUAUUUGUCGGAAAAGGUCACUUAGAUAAGGAAAAAGGGCGAAGGGCUUUGGUUCUUGGCAGAGACACUUGGCAACAUCAUUGUCCACUGCGAGAGAAUUAUGAUGGGAGUAGAGAUUUAAUCGUACGGUUACCUGAUCCGUUUAACGUUUACGACUUGAAUUAUAUAAGUGUUUUUUGCUACGAAUAUGCUGUUGAUUUUGGACACAUUACCUUUGAGCUUUCACCACUACGAACCGCUGUGCCUGCUUACAUUCCACCAAUACAUCUAAAAUCACCUCCAUUUGGUGGCCCUCAGAUCCCUUGCUGA